UACUCAUCUCAAGAAUCUGUGCCGGUUCUUCCAACCAAAUUUUGUUUUUUUUUCCUCCUCCUUUAAAAAUAAUGGAUUACUAAAAUUUAUAUAUAUGACUGCAAAAGCAAUAAUAUAAUUUUGCAGAGAAAAAAAACAAAAGUAGUGAUUAACAGAGAGACAAACCAGCUGGUUUACCUGCAACUAUCUACUUCUGAAAAUUGGACUUGCGCAGGUACCUACAAGUUCCGAAGUUAUGUCUUCACAACUUCAAGAUUAAAAAACAUAUAACAAAGUUAAGUUUCAGCCUCUUUUGAGUUCCCCAAUAACAGUAGGCAGAAAUCACGUGGUCUAAUCACAUGACCACCAUCUGAGCAUUUACAUGAGUUAGGUAAUGAGGAUCCUUUGUGACUUUGUCUCUAGUAAAUGAUUAAGAUUAAAGAUAACUAACUCUCCAUCUGAUUUAAUUACAUCAGUCAAAGUAAGAUCACGUGAUCAGAUCCCCAUAACUAUGUGUUCCAACCCCAUGGAAUCUUAUUCUAUAAAGCAACAAACUAUACAAGUCUCUCAUCUCUCUCUCUCAGUAUCUCUAACAUCUCUAUCCAAAAUUUUCUUAAAGUUUCAGUUCUAAGUAAAAAAAUACAAAAACAAACCUAAGAGCUUUCAAGAUUCCCAAAGUAGUUACAAAAAGAAAAGUCUACAAUGAAGAGAUACUGGUCAGUGGCUCUGGUUCUUCUGCUACUAGUAGCUUUCUUUAGCAGCAAUCAUAGCGUACAUGGACGUUCUCUGUUAAGGAUGACACAUUCUAGUCAAGCUGUGAGAGAUUUGCAUACAAGCAAGGAAAUGAAGGAAGAAAAGCUGCUUAGAGGAGAAAAUGAUAGUUUCCGAAGAAUCCCAAGGACUGGCUCAAACCCUAGUCAGAACAAGUAUAACCUCCCUGUAGGUGUUCAAGGAAGUAGGAAACAGCAAAUCACAGCAGCAGCAAGAAAACCUUAAAUUUACAUUUCUUUUUCUAUCAUUUUCCUUCUUAGAUCUUCUAUGUUUCUUUCCUCUCUUGUUUUGUAGAAUAGGUAACUAGACUUUUUUUCUUAAUUAUGUAAUCUACUUGAAAUAUAUGAACUCAUCUUUUAGUUUUGAGGCAUUCAAUCUUAUGGAUCAAGAAAAGAGACUUUAAAGAAUCCUCACACUCGUCGUGUA